CUCUGUUCCUCGCCAUUGUUUUUGUUUUUCGCUUUCAGUCAGUUUUUAUGUUUUCUUUCUCUUGUGAGAGCAGACUUUCGGCCGCAUGCUGCUAUCCUCCUAUCUCGUCUUCCAUCUUUUUUCCUUCCUCCGGACGGGCCUGGAAAAAUUGAUCCAUCUCUUGGCAGCUGCGGUCCUUGAUAUCUCCGGUAACCCAAAAUCCUCUUCGGAGGCGACCAAGAACCGCGGAUUCUCUUCUUGAUUUCCUCCUGGUGGAGGUGAUGAGAGAUGGGCUUCUUGGCGUGCUUGUUCCGGUGUCGGGAGGAGGAGGAGGAAGACGAGAAGGAGGGGGAGCGGUUCAGGAUCAAUCAUCAAGUCGCCUCAGAAAGUUGCCCACUGAAGACUGGGAAAGUGGUACGUGUGGAAGGAACCCAACUAAUUGGUAGGCAUGACGAAGCAACAAUUUUCACGUUGCGUCAGCUUGCUGAUGCUACCAAAAACUUCAGGCAGGAUUGUCUUCUGGGGCGAGGAGGAUUCGGGUGUGUGUAUAAAGCAAGUCUGAGUGAUGGACAGGUUGUUGCAGUGAAACAACUUGAUCUAAAUGGGCUUCAGGGGAACAGAGAAUUCCUUGUGGAGGUUCUCAUGCUCAGCCUCUUGCAUCACCCUAAUCUAGUCAAUUUGUUUGGGUACUGCGUUGAUGGCGAUCAGCGCUUGCUGGUCUAUGAGUAUAUGCCAUUGGGAUCAUUAGAAGACCAUCUGCAUGAUCUUGCACCCCAUCAAGAACCUCUAGACUGGAAAACACGGAUGAAGAUAGCUGCUGGUGCAGCUGCUGGUUUGGAAUACUUGCAUGAUAAGGCAACUCCUCCAGUUAUUUACCGAGAUAUUAAGCCAUCAAACAUUCUUCUUGGUGAAGGGUAUCAUGCAAAGUUGUCCGAUUUUGGACUUGCAAAGCUUGGUCCUGUAGGUGAAAAGACUCAUGUGACAACCCGUGUCAUGGGGACACAUGGUUAUUGUGCUCCUGAAUACGCCUUAACUGGACAGCUAACAAUUAAGUCCGACAUCUAUAGUUUUGGUGUCGUGUUCCUUGAGCUAAUUACAGGGCGAAGACCAAUUGACAGCGAGCGACCUCCUGAGGAACAAGACUUAGUCGCAUGGGCUCGUCCAUUGUUCAAAGACCAAAGGAAAUUUCCCAAGAUGGCUGAUCCUUUGUUGCAAGGCCGCUUCCCAAGGAGGGGUUUAUACCAGGCCUUGGCUAUCGCUGCAAUGUGUCUGCAGGAGAAAGCUAAAAACCGGCCUUCCAUUAGGGAAGUUGCUGCUGCUCUCUCUUACUUAGCAUCACAAACAUAUGAAAGGAACAACACUGCUGCCUGCCGUAACCUGGCUGGGCCUUCUGCGUCAAGAGUUCUGGAUGAUCAGAGUAACCAAGACACCACAUUGCCCAGUCAACAGGAAGCUCAGAUGUCAAUGUAUGGCAGCACAAAUCACGGCAUAGUAGAAGUGAAGGAAACUUGUUGGAGCGGUUCACAUCGUGCAGGAAGGGGCAGAGUUGCUCCGAAUGGUGUUGAUAGAGAGCGUGCUCUUGCAGAUGCCAAUGUAUGGGCUGAGGCUUGGAGGCGCCAAGAGAAGGCAAGCAAAGUGCGGUAACUGAUCAGAGCCUCCCACUGGGACCUCUGCUUGAGUUUUGGCAUGUUACCAUACAAACAUUUGAAGAAAUGCUAUGGACUACAGAUUACAGAAAGGGUUGUUAGACGAAGAAGAGGAAUAAUAUGCAGGGAAAGUGUAGAACUUCACCAGAGUGAGCGCUUCAAAGAUUUCACCGGUGGAGUGUACUGCAUUCAGAUUUGCAUACAACGUACAUGGAGUCAGUUCGCUUAUAGACAGUCAUGUGAUUUUCGUAUAUAAAGUUGCAGGGGGGUCUUGUAUAUGUAAUAACCCCAUAAUAGAGACAGUAGACUAUGCAACCUUUCUGUAGUUCAGUGGUUUUGAUUGCAUAAUAUAGGAUCCGCGCACAUGAAAUGGUAUGUGUUACAGGCUUACAGCAUAUGCAUUUUUUGGAUAAUCCUUUUAAAGUUUCAGUGCUAUUUUCCGCCAGUGUAAUGUUCAGAUGUUGCACAUGUGGCAUGUGCUGUUUCAAUGCAAUCUGAAGCUUCUGAAGUC